CGGCUAGACCACUGAUCGUCAGAGAGAGACUGACUGACUGAUUGUGCUCUGAGAAGCCCCGUGAAUCUACCAUGGAUAUGAAACCGAAAAGUUUGACUGAUGCCGAGGCCGCAGCUCUUUGCACCGCGCCUCCGGCUGAAACCAAAGAUUUCAUCAUGCAACAGACGAUGAUGCGGAUAAAGGACCCGAAGCCGUCGCUGGACUUCUAUACAAGAAUUCUCGGUAUGACUUUGCUGCAGAAGCUCGACUUCCCAGACAUGAAGUUCACGCUGUAUUUCAUGGGAUUCGAAGAUCCGAAUCAGAUCCCAGAAGAUGCGAAGGAACGGCGCGAGUGGACUUUCUCCCGCAGAGCAACGGUGGAAUUGACCCACAAUUGGGGAACUGAAUCAGACCCGGACUUCAAGGGCUAUCACAAUGGAAACUCGGAGCCUCGAGGUUUCGGCCACAUCGGUAUCAUGGUACCUGACGUCGUGAAAGCUUGCGAGCGAUUCGAGAAACUCGGAGUCAAAUUCGCCAAGAGACUGACUGAUGGGAAGAUGAAAACUAUCGCUUUCAUCCAGGAUCCCGAUGGCUAUUGGAUCGAGAUAUUCAACAACAAGACCGUCUAAGCAUGAAAGAUAUUCUUGAACCGUAUAUUGUUAAAAGUUGAUUUUUCAUAAACGGGAGUACUAAUGGAUUAA